AUGGCCGUUGGCGGCGCCGUCUUCGCAGACCUCUUCAACGCCGAGGAGCGCGGGCGGGCUAUAUCGAUCUACUCGCUCGCGCCCCUCCUGGGCCCGGCCAUCGGCCCCAUCGCGGGCGGCUUCAUCACGCAGGAGACCACCUGGCGCUGGAUCUUCUACAGCACCACCAUCUUCGCGGGCCUCGUCCAGGGGAUCGGCUUGUUCGUGCUCCAGGAGACUUGCGCCCCGGUCCUUCUGGUCCGCAUCAAGAACCGCCUCGUCAAGGAGACGGGCAACACCGCCCUGCGCACCGAGUUCGACAACCCAGACCGCACCGUCAUUCGCGCCCUCGCUGGUGCUCUCACACGCCCCUUCCGCCUCUUCGGCACGCAGGUCAUCAUCCAGGCGUUGGCCGUGUACAUGAUGUACCUUUAUGGCAUCAUGUACCUCGUCCUCUCCACCUUCUCGGCCCUCUGGACGACAAGGUAUGGAGAGUUGACCGGCAUCAGCGGGCUGAACUACAUCUCGCUUGGCCUCGGCUUCUUCCUCGGGGCCCAGACAUGCGCCAGGUUCCAGGACCGCGUCUACAUCGCUCUCAAGAAGCGCUAUGUCCCCGACGGCGGGCCUGGGAAGCCAGAGUUUCGCGUGCCGAUGAUGGUUCCGGGGGCGGUUCUCGUGCCUGUUGGGUUGCUGAUAUACGGAUGGUCUGCGCAGUACAAGGCCCAUUGGAUCCUACCCAACCUUGGCGCGGUGCUGUUCAGCGCGGGCGUCAUUGUAGGGUUCCAGGGCAUUCAGGCGUUCUUAGUCGAUACGUAUACGAGGUACGCCGCGUCUGCCAUCGGCUCGGUCAUGGUGCUGAGAAGCGUUGCUGGGUUUGGGUUUCCGUUAUUUGCACCGGCUUUGUACCAUAGGCUGGACUAUGGAUGGGGGAACACGCUGCUGGCAUUGAUUGCCGUCGGUAUUGGUUUGCCUGGCCCCAUUCUAUUGUGGGUGUUUGGGGAGCGGCUGAGAAAGAGGAGUCAAUUUGCCGCUGGCUGA